AUGCACAAUGUACAUCUAGAAAUAGUAGAUCAAUAUUUCCAGAAAGAAUCAUCUUCCCCCCCCCCGCUUCCCCUCAUUUCCCCCCCUGCUUCCCCUCAUCUCCCCCCCCCUGCUUCCCCUCAUUUCCCCCCCUGCUUCCCCUCCUUUCCCCCUCUGCCUCCCCUCCUUUCCCCCCCCCCUUUCCUUUCCCCCCCUCCUUCCCCUCCUUUCCCCACCUGCUUCCCCUACUUUCCCCACCUGCUUCCCCUCCUUUCCCCACCUGCUUCCCCUCCUUUCCCCACCUGCUUCCCCUCCUUUCCCCACCUGCUUCCCCUCCUUUCCCCACCUGCUUCCCCUCCAUUCCCCACCCGCUUCUCCUCUUUUCCCCCCCUGCUUCCCCUCCUUUCCCCACCUGCUUCCCCUCCUUUCCCCCCCUGCUUCCCCUCCUUUCCCCACCUGCUUCCCCUCCUUUUCCCCCCUGCUUCCCCUCCUUUCCCCACCUGCUUCCCCUCCUUUCCCCACCUGCUUUCCCUCCUUUCCCCACCUGCUUCCCCUCCUUUCCCCACCUGCUUCCCCUCCUUUUCCCCCCUGCUUCCCCUCCUUUCCCCACCUGCUUCCCCUCCUUUUUCCCCCUUGUUUCCCCUCCUUUCCCUACCUGAUUCCCCUCCUUUUCCCACCUGCUUCCCCUCCUUUCCCCACCUGCUUCCCCUUUUUUCCCCACCUGCUUCCCCUCCUUUCCCCACCUGCUUCCCCUCCUUUUCCCACCUGCUUCCCCUCCUUUCCCCACCUGCUUCCCCUCCUUUCCCCACCUGCUUCCCCUCCUUUCCCCCCCUGCUUCCCCUCCUUUCCCCACCUUCCUCCCCUCCUUUCCCCACCUGCUUCCCCUCCUUUCCCCACCUGCUUCCCCUCCUUUCCCCACCGGCUUCCCCUCCUUUCCCCACCUGCUUCCCCUCCUUUCCCCACCUGCUUCCCCUCCUUUCCCCACCUGCUUCCCCUCCUUUCCCCACCUGCUUCCCCUCCUUUCCCCACCUGCUUCCCCUCCUUUCCCCACCUGCUUCCCCUCCUUUCCCCACCGGCUUCCCCUCCUUUCCCCCCCUGCUUCCCCUCCUUUCCCCACCUGCUUCCCCUCCUUUCCCCCCCUUCUUCCCCUCCUUUGCCCCCCUUGUUUCCCCUCCUUUCCCACCUGCUUCCCCUCUUUUCCCCACCUGCUUCCCCUCCUUUCCCCACCUGCUUCCCCUCCUUUCCCCACCUGCUUCCCCUCCUUUUCCCACCUGCUUCCCCUCCUUUUCCCCCCUGCUUCCCCUCCUUUCCCCACCUGCUUCCCCUCCUUUCCCCACCUGCUUCCCCUCCUUCCCCCACCUGCUUCCUCUCCUUUCCCCACCUGCUUCCCCUCCUUUCCCCACCUGCUUCCCCUCCUUUCCCCCCCUGCUUCCCCUCCUUUCCCCCCCUGCUUACCCUCCUUUCCCCACCUGCUUCCCCUCCUUUCCCCACCUGCUUCCCCUCCUUUCCCCACCUGCUUCCCCUCCUUUCCCCACCUGCUUCCCCUCCUUUCCCCACCUGCUUCCCCUCCUUUCCCCCCCUGUCCUCCUCAUUCCUCCCCGUCCUGUCCUCCUCUCUCCAACAGGUCCUCUCUCCCUACUAACCCACUUCUUCCCCCCGCCUGUCCUCCACUCUACCCCCUGCCCUCCCUUCUCUAACCACACCUCUCUCCCUCCUGCCCCUCCUGUCCCCCCUACCGUCCUCCUCUCUCCCCCUGUCCCCCUCUAUCCCCCUGUCCUCCCUUUCCUCCCCUUCUUCCUCCUAACUCCUCUCCCCACCUUCCAUCUCCUUCCUUCUCACUCCCCUCUUCCCCUCAUGUCCCCUCCUGCUUCUCCUCAUUUCCACCCGCCAGUGCCUCAUUCCCUUUCCUCAGUUCCUUCAUUUAUCCAUGCCUCCAACCCUCCUCCGUUCAUCCCUGCCUCCCACCGUUCGAGGCUCGCUUCCGUCCAUUCCACGGCCAUCCCAUCAUCCCUUCCUCCCUCCCUCUGUUUCUCACUACUGUCAUCCUCCCUUCCACGACUCCUCAUGUCCAACCAUCCACAUUUUUCACCCCUCCUCCCAUCCUCUCCUCCCUUCCUCAUUUUCAUGUGA